AUGGCUGAACGUCUGGAGGACCAUCUUCAAUGUCCCACCUGUCUGGACAUCUUCAAAGAUCCGGUCAUUCUUCCGUGCAGUCACAGCCUCUGCCGUGCCUGUCUGCAGCAGUGGAAGGACAAAGGACAACGAUCGUGUCCAGUCUGUCGGAAAGGGUUUAGUUUGAGGGAUCCGCCUGCCAACUUGGCACUGCGGAAUAUUUGUGAGAACCUUUUAGUCAAGUCAGCAGACAUGUGCAGCUUGCACAAAGAGGAACUCAAACUCUUUUGUUUGGACCACCGGGAGCUUGUGUGCCAUAUCUGCACAAAUGCAGAAAUCCACGUUGGCCACAAGAUCUGGCCCUUCGAAGAAGUUGUGAAAGGUCAUCAUGAGGAACUCCAGAAAGGCCUGCAGAGGGCCAAGGAAAGACUCAAAGAUUACAACGACUGUCGAGAGAACUGCAACGAACAGGCAGAGUACAUCAAAUUCCAGAGGGAGAAUGUAGAAUGCAAGAUUAAGAAGGAUUUUGAGGAGCUCCGUCGCUUUCUUAACGUCAAGGAGAAGGCCAGGUUGGUUGCGGUCAGGAAGGAAGAGAAGGACAAGAGUCGGACGAUGAAAAAGAAGAUUGCGGCUCUCGACAGACAAAUGGCCGCUCUCUCGAAUCUCAUCAGAAGCACUGAGGAGCAGCUGGCAUCUGGCAAUGUUUCUUUCAUGAAGAAGUUCAAGACUGCGAUGAGCAGAAUCCAGGAGCUGCCUGAAAAGCCACAGCUGCUGCCAGGUGGUCUGCUGGACGAAGCCAAACACGUGGGCAACCUCAAAUUCAAGGUGUGGGAGCGAAUGAAGGAGACGAUGGCCUAUCGUUCCGUCAUUCUGGACCGCAACACGGCCGGUCCAGAACUCAGUCUGUCCGAAGAUCUGUGCAGUGUUAUUUGGGAAGACGUACAGCAACAGCGUCCAAAGAAUCCAGAGAGGUUCCAGACGUGGCGGUCUGUGCUGGGUGCUGCUUUGGCCUCGGGAAGACAUGUGUGGGACGUUGAGGUGGGAGACAAUAAUUCUUGGGCAGUGGGGGUCGUGUUUGGGGACCCUUGUUUUCCAGAGAAAAUGACCGAACAACUGCAGUUCGACAUUCCGAACUUGUGCGCUGAGACAAACGCCGUCUUCUCAAAAACCAUGGCUGAAAGUAUGGAGGACCAUCUUCAAUGUCCCACCUGUCUGGACGUCUUCAGAGAUCCUGUCAUGCUGCCAUGCAGUCACAAUUUCUGCCAUGCGUGUCUGCAGGAGUGGAAGGACGCAGGAAAACAAUCGUGUCCAGUCUGUAGGACAGAGUUUAGGUCGCUGGAUGUCCCUCCGAACCUGGCACUGAAGAAUCUGUGUGAAAACUUUUCUCUAGCCUCAAUCAAGUCAGAGGACAUAUGCAGCAUGCACCAAGAGGAACUCAAACUCUUCUGUUUGGACCACCGGGAGAUUGUGUGCAUCAUCUGCAGAGACUCAGAAAUCCACGUUGGUCACACGUUCCGGCCCCUCAAAGAAAUUGUGAAAGGUCAUCAUGAGGAACUCAAGGAAGGCCUGCAGAAGGCCAAGGAAAGACUCCAAGAUUACAAAGAUUGUCGAGGGAACUGCAAUGAACAGGCAAAGUACAUCAAAGUCCAGAGGGAGAAUGUCGAACGCAAGAUUAAGAAGGAUUUUGAGGAGCUCCGGCGCUUUCUCGACGUCGAGGAGGAGGCCAGGUUAGCUGCAGUCAGGGAGGAAGAGCAGAAGAAGAGUAAGAUCAUAAAGGAGAAGAUUGUGGUUCUUGGCCAACAAAUGACCGCACUCUCGGAUGUCAUCAGAAGCACUGAGGAGCAGCUGGCGUCUGGCAAUGUUUCUUUCCUGAAGAACUUCAAGACUGCGAUGAGCAGAAUCCAGGAGAUGCCUGAAAAGCCGCAGCUGCUGCCAGGUGGUCUGCUGGAUGUAGCCAAACACGUGGGCAACCUCAAAUUCAAGGUAUGGGAGCUAAUGAAGGAGACGCUCGCCUACAGUCCCGUCAUUCUGGACCCCAACACGGCCAAUCCAAGAAUCAGUCUGUCUGAUGAUCUGACCAGUCUGAGUUGGGAAGACGUAGAGCAGGAGCGUCCAGAAAAUCCAGAGAGGUUCCAGACGUGGCGGUCUGUGCUGGGUGCUGCUUUGGACUCGGGAAGACACGUGUGGGAUGUUGAGGUGGGAGACACCAAUUCCUGGGCAGUGGGGAUCAAGUGGGGGGACCCUUGUUUGCCAGAGAAAAUGAUUGGUUGGCUCAUUGGAUUUCGUGAUAGGAAAUACAAUAUUCCCAGUUUCGAAUAUGGAGCAUGGAAUCCGCCUGUCAAAUUGCAGAGGAUCCGAGUUGAAGUGGACAUAAAUGAGAGCUCAUUGUCCUUCUCCGAACCUCUUACAAACACCGAAUUGUGGAAUUCUGAGAAGAACUUUCAAUGGCCAGAUUUGUCCAGGAACACAAAAAUAUAUCCUUACUUUCACACAAUAUGUAAAAUUCCUCUAAAGGUAAUCCUCAUUCCACCUGGUGUUACGACUGACAUCAGUUUGCAGUCAUGUUGA